GCUUCCCGCGCGUUAGAGACGUCGGCCCGGACGCGAGACUCGGGGACGCGGGCAUGGCGGGUCCUCAGGCCGAGCGGGUGUUGAUUGUGGGCAGUGGACUCAUUGGGCAAAGCUGGGCUAUGUUGUUUGCCAGUGGAGGACUCAAGGUGACACUUUAUGAUAUUGAGCAACGGCAGGUAACAGGUGCCCUGGAAAACAUCAGAAAAGAGAUGAAAUUGCUGGAGCAGUCCGACUCUCUGAAAGGUUCUUUGAGUGCUGAUGAGCAGCUGUCACUCAUCAGUGGUUGUUUGGAUAUUCAAGAAGCGAUAGAGGGCGCCAUGCACAUUCAGGAAUGUAUUCCCGAAAACCUGGAACUAAAGAAGAAUAUUUUUACGCAGUUAGAUCGGAUUGUGGAUGAUAAAGUCAUCAUAAGCAGCUCCACCUCCUGUCUCCUUCCCUCCAAGUUGUUUGCUGGUUUGGUACAUGUGAAGCAAUGUCUCGUGGCUCAUCCUGUGAAUCCACCCUAUUAUGUGCCAUUAGUUGAGCUGGUCCCUCACCCAGAGACAGCCCCUGAAACGGUGGACAAGACUUAUGCCCUGAUGCAGAAGAUUGGCCAGUCUCCAGUGCGAGUCCUGAAGGAGGUGGAUGGCUUCGUCCUGAAUCGCCUGCAGUACUCAGUCAUUGCUGAGGCCUGGAGACUUGUGGAGGAAGGAAUAGUAUCUUCAGGUGAUCUUGACCUUGUUAUGUCUGAUGGCCUGGGCUUGAGAUAUGCAUUUAUUGGACCCCUGGAAACAAUGCAUCUCAAUGCAGAAGGUUUGAUGAGCUACUGUAACAGAUACAGCGAAGGCAUAAAGCGUGUCUUGAAGACUUUUGGACCCACCCCAGAGUUUGCAGGGGCCACUGUUAAGAAAAUUCACCAAGCCAUGUGCACAAAGGUUCCCGAUGACCCUGAGCACUUAGCUGCCCGGAGGAAUUGGCGGGACCUAUGCCUCAUGAGACUGGCCAAAUUGAAGAGCAAGCUGAAGCCUCAGUAGAGUUUUUCUGAAGCUCCUGUCACUCCUGUCCUCUCUUGGGUAGAAGUAAA